AUGGAAUCCAGUAUAACCCAAACAAUCAUCUACAGCUUGCUCUUGCUAAGUUCUCCUCAAUGGCUGUUUUCAUGCUUUCUUCAAGCCCCUGUUCUCAGGAAAACUAUACUGCCACCUAGAAGGGAUUUUUGGCUGGGAAAAUCCUUUAGUAGCAAGGCUGCUCAUCCGGUACAAAGCAUAGUUGUCAACAGAGCUUCUUAUAAAACUGCUAAUAGGCGAACUGCAAAUUAUCAAGCCCCCAUUUGGGACUACGACUAUGUCCAGUCACUAACAAGUGAUUAUAGGGGAGAAACAUGCAUAGGAAGAUUCGAUCAACUAAAGAGGGAGGUGAAAAUGAUGCUGGGAAAGGUGGAGCAGCCUUUGGAUCAACUUGAGCUGAUCGAUCUCUUGCAAAGACUUGGAAUAUCUUACCAGUUCGAAGAUGAAAUCAAGAGACUGUUGAACAGCAUAUACUGCAAUCAUAACAUUGAUGACAAGUGGAAGAAAGAGAAUUUGCAUGCCACAGCUCUUGAAUUUAGAAUUCUAAGACAAAAUGGGUAUAGCAUUCCUCAAGAUGUUUUUAGUAGUUUCAAGGAUGAGAUGGGGGGCUUUAAGGCAUGCCUUUCUGAAGAUAUCCAGGGAAUUCUGUGUUUGUAUGAAGCUUCCUACCUUCCCAUAGAAGGUGAAAGUAUCUUAGAAGAAGCUAGGGACUUCACAAAAAAACAUCUUGAAGCAUGUCUACAGCAAAAUAUAGACGAAAAUCUUGCCAUACUGGUGAGCCAUGCUUUGGAGCUUCCACUGCAUUGGAGAAUGCUAAAGUUAGAGGCAAGGUGGUCCAUAGAUGCAUUUGAGAGAACACAGGACAUGAACCCCAUCUUGCUUGAGUUUGCAAAAUUAGAUUACAAUAUGGUGCAAGCAAAGCACCAGGAGGAUCUAAAGUAUGCGUCCAGGUAA